AUGGAAUUUGUGGCAGGCCUGGAUGUCCUCCGAGCAGUGGCUAGCUGUCCCAUCUGUCUGGACUGCUUGAAAGACCCAGUGAUCAUCAGUUGUGGGCAUAACUUGUGUCUCUCCUGUAUCAUUAUAUCCUGGAAGGAUCUAGAUGAUAUUCCCUGCCCUUUUUGCCACUUUUGCUGUCCAGAAAGGAAAUUGACAAGCAAUCCUCAGCUGGGUCGUUUGACUGAAAUUGUUAAGCAACUCCAGAUGAGAAGCAAGAGAAAGAGGCAAGAAGAGAAGCAUGUUUGUCAGAAACAUAAUCAGGUUUUGACCUUUUUCUGUCAGGAAGACCUAGAGCUUUUAUGUCCAAGGUGCAGUUUCUCCACUGGUCACCAGCUUCACUGUGUUUGGCACAUAAAGAAGGCUGCCUCCUAUCACAGGAAAAAAUUGGAGGAAUACAAUGCACCAUGGAAGGAGCGAGUGGAACUAACUGAAAAAAUCAUAACCAUACAAACCAGAAAAUCGUUAGAACUGAAGAAAAAGACAGAGUCUUGCUCUAUCACCAGGCUAGAUUGUAGUGGCACGAUCUUGGCUCACCACAACCUUUGCCUCCCAGGUUCCAGCGAUUCUCCUGCCUCAGCUUCCUGA